AUGCACCCGGCAGCCGGCGGCUUUCGGCCGGACGAAGAGCCCCUGAUCGAGGAGCCCUCAGUGAACAGGUACAGCCAGCAAAAGCCAAGCGACCGCUUACAUGGGGCCUACGUUAUUUUUUUCCUCCUGGGCAUCGGGUCCCUACUGCCCUGGAAUUUUUUCAUCACGGCAAAGCACUACUGGAUGUACAAGCUGCAAAACUGCUCGGAUCAGGCAAGCCCGGCAGGACAGGCACCGUCCGAUCUGCGGGACUUUUUUGAGAGUUACAUCUCCAUCGCUUCAACCGUGCCCUCGGUGCUGUGCCUGAUCGGAAACUUCUUGCUCGUCAACAGGGUGCCCGCCAGCGUCCGGAUCCUGUCCUCCCUCUUUGUCAUGCUGGUCGUCUUCCUGGUGAUCACGAUGCUGGUGAAGGUCGACACGUCCGCCUGGACCACCGGCUUCUUCGCCCUCACCAUCGGCUGCGUGGUGGUCGUCAGCAGCGCCUCGACCGUCUUCAGCAGCAGCAUCUUCGGUCUGAGCAGCCUCUUCCCCAUGAAGAACUUGCGGGCGCUGAUCUCGGGCCAGGCCAUGGGCGGCACGAUCAGCGCCAUCGCCGCCGUGAUAGACCUGGUGGAUUCAGUGGACGUCCUUGUGUCGCCAACUUCUCUCCUGCUCGCUCUCCAAAUCUCUGCGUUUUCCACACGCGCACUUGGCUAAUAAUCUCCCUCCUUCUCUUUUUCCAGGUAUUACAUGAGCAGCCUGAAGCAGAGCCCAUCUCUGGCCACCGUGCCGCCCAACAGCUCCACGGAGGAUGAGGACGAGCCAGCAGGCACCACAAAUACCUCCUUCCUCGCAAAAAGCACAAGCAUCCCCCCACUCCGCCCCAUCCUGCAGAAGACCGCCCUCCUCGGCUUCUGUCUCUUCUAUGUCUUCUUCAUCUCCAUCAUCAUCUUCCCUUCUCUCUCCUCCAACAUCAAGUCGGUCAGCAAGUCCUCGGGAAGCCUGUGGAGCACCAAGUACUUUGUGCCCCUCACCAGUUUCCUCCUCUACAACUUUGCCGACUGGUGCGGGAGGCAGAUCACCGCCUGGAUCCAGGUGCCCGGCCCCAGGAGCAAGCUGCUGCCCGCCCUUGUCCUCCUCAGGACAGUCUUCCUCCCUCUCUUCAUCCUCAGCAACUACCAACCCCGGGCUCACAUCCAGACGGUGGUCUUCAACCUAGAUGUCUACCCAGUGGUCUUCACGGCGCUGCUGGGGCUGAGCAAUGGCUAUCUGGGGACGCUGGUCAUCAUCUACGGCCCCAAGAUGGUGCCGAAAGAGCUGGCCGAGGCGGCGGGGGUGGUGAUGACGUUUUACCUCAUGCUGGGCCUGGCUGUGGGGCCCGCCUGCUCCGUUCUCAUUGUCCACCUCUUGUAG